UCUAUUAAGAAUUAUAUUUUUGCCAGACAAUGACGCAUUUGAAGAGGAAAAUCACACAAAAUAUUUUAUAAAAUACUUCAGAUUCUUUUUAUUAUUUGGAAAAAUUAUUUAAUAAGUUGUUAAACUUUACAAACAAUGUGCUGCAAUUUGUUAAAUAACAAUUCGAAACCAACAAAAUUACAAUAGAAGAAAAAACGGCAGACAGAAAACACAAAAAGAAAGUAAAGAAAAAACGAAGUGCAAAAAAAUACAACAAAAAAAGAAGAGGGAGUAAUGUGAAUCGCUCUAGCAAAAAGAUAGUCAGCAAAAACUCAUAACCAGCAGCCCGAUAGCCAACCAAUGAGUAUUUGUGUGUAUGUGGACAAAGUGAUUAAAGUGUUAAAUUAAAAAAUUAAGAGGGGCAGAGGAAGAAGCGGGUAGUAUCAUCAUAAUAAUAGUUUUCCAAAGUCAUUUGACUUAAACGAGACAAAAUAAAAAAACGAAAGUUUUUCAAAGCUGCAAAAUUUGUUCAAACUAGAAAAAAAGAUUGUUAUAAUUGAGAUUAAACAAAAUACAUCACACGAGAAAAGGAAUAUAAUCAUAUCAAUAUUAAAUAUACAUACUUAAAAGUUUGCAACAAUAGAUAACACGGACGAGACGAUAAAAAGAAAAGUACCAACCGCCACUUGGAGGGGAAGAAGGUUAAAAACAGCAGGUACUUUAACUAACAUUUAGUUAAAUGCUGUUUUGUAACAUAAUACAAAUAAUUAGCCGGUACGUCUAACGCCCUAAUUCGAAUAACUACUACUAUAUCCCAAAAAAAAGAAACAAAAAUCCAUAAUAAGUGAACAAAGGCAGUGAAAAAUACAAUAGAAUAAAAUUACGAACAAGUGAUUUUCUUAUCAAAUCGUCACAACAGCUCAGCAAACACCCCAACCAUCCAACCAACGAACGAAAUAAGAAACGUAACACCCAAAUAAGUAAUCCCCAACAUUAAAAAAAGAAAAAUAUUUAAUAUAUUUUUUAAAGUGUUUAAAUUGUGGACUUUAUAUUUCCUAGCUAAUUUAAUGAUAACAAAUUACAAUAACAAUACGUGUUUCGUUCAAGAUUGUAUUCUCCAAACGUGUGGGUGUGUAGUUACACUAAGAGUGAAGCCUAAAAAAGUGGUUGUUUUUGCCACAAAACUAUUCGAAUUAUACACAUACUCCUUGUAAUUAUUCUGAUAAGAAGACAGAUUUCAUCACUCUGCCAGCAUCUUCCAUUAACAUUUAUUCCUUUUUUACACGCUCAAACCCCUCUGUAUUAGUUCUACAAUUAUGGCUCGUGGUUUUGAUCAUUUAUUUAAACUUUUAAUUAUUGGCGACAGUGGUGUUGGCAAAUCAUCACUAUUAAUCCGUUUCUCGGAUGACUUAUUCUCAGGUAGUUAUAUCACAACAAUUGGUGUAGAUUUCAAAAUACGCACAGUAGUCAUUGAUGGUCUGCGAGUUAAACUACAAAUUUGGGAUACAGCGGGCCAAGAACGAUUCCGUACGAUAACCAGCACUUACUAUCGAGGAACACAUGGAGUUAUUGUAGUGUACGAUGUAACAAAUGGUGAAUCAUUUGCCAAUGUACGGCGAUGGCUAGAUGAAAUACAAAACAAUUGUGAUGUGGUUAAUAAAGUAUUAGUUGGAAAUAAAAAUGAUGAUCCUGAUCGAAAGGUGGUCAUAACUGAGGAUGCCCAACGAUUUGCCCAGCAAAUGGAUAUUGAGUUAUUUGAAACAUCUGCCAAAAAUAAUAUUAAAGUUGAGGAAAUGUUCCUGUCUAUAACACGACAAGUCCUUCAGCACAAGUUGCGCAAUGCACAAAAUGAUCCACAGAAAGACACGAUCAAUUUAAAGAAAUCCAGUGGCAAAAAGAAAAGUAAAUGUUGUAGUUGAAAACCGAAGACAAUAACCAUAAGAUCACCUUUGCCACAACUACACAACAAUAAAACAAUAAAAAAAAAACAACAACCACCACUACCACCGUCGUCGCCGUCAUUGUCUUUAUUAUUAUUAUUAUUGUUGUCUUUGUCGUCGCCGCCGCCAUUAUUAUUAAAAUUAUUUUUAUCACUAUCAUCACCCCCCUCAAGCAUUUCUAAGAGAGAUGAAAUGAAAUGUAUGUAAUAACAAAAAAUAUUUAACUGAGAAUGUAAAAAAAUAAGAAUUAUUUUGUAUAAAAUAUAAAAUUUUUAAUUAACACAAUAUAUAAAAUACAUACAUAAAUAAUAUUAUAAUUUAAUACACCUCACAUAACUGGUGCAUAUACCUAUAAAAUCAUACAAUCGAAUAAUUUAGAGUCUUUCAGGCUACAUUUUCUUUGUUUUAAAAAUUUAUUUAGAAAUGGUGAUCAAACAUGGCAAUGUGCAUAUUUAAAUUUAGCUUUAAAACCAACACUCCAUAAUUUCAAGCAAAUGUUUUGUAUUUUUAAAAUUCUAAAACUAAAACGGUGACAUUUUGUUGUAAUGAUAACAAAAUAUACAUACAUAUUUCUUUUUUACAAAAUUCUGUAAAUAAUUUUUAUAGCUGCAAUUUUCUGUAAUAGAAUUACAAAUUACAAAUAACUGUCCAUGAAAAUCACCAUAUUUAAAUGCUUUAUGUUCUUUUGUCUUAUAAAUUCAAAUUGUUCUGUAAUUAUUUCCUUAUAUUAGCGACCUUGUUUCUUAAAUUCUUAGCAUUUUCUUAAUUUUUGUAAUAAAUGUUUAAAAAAUGUCAUUUAAAAUAAUAAAUACCAAACGUCUUACCAUUUCUAAUCCUUAGUCAUCUUUAUAAAGCUUAUAUUUGAACACUCUUCUCUUUAUUUAGUUUAAUACAUGAAUUAUAAACCCAAGAAAACAUAAACAAAAUAAAGUUAUUAUUAAUUUAAAUCCAAAACAAAACUUAUAUAUAAAAUAUUUAUACAUGCAACAUACAUAUUAUGAUGAUAUAUGAUUUGUAAGUGAGAGAAAUAAAACACAGAAAAUAUUUAAAUAAAAGAAAGACAUAUGAUAUUUUAGAAGUA